AUGGCGGAAGGCAACGACAAGAGCACAAACCCCAUGCGGGAGCUGCGCAUUGACAAGCUCGUCUUGAACAUCUCGGUCGGCGAGUCUGGUGAUCGUCUCACUCGUGCGGCCAAGGUGUUGGAACAAUUGUCUGGUCAAACGCCCGUCUACAGCAAGGCACGAUACACCGUCCGAUCGUUCGGUAUCCGUCGAAACGAAAAGAUUGCCGUGCACGUCACCGUCCGAGGUCCUAAGGCCGAAGAAAUCCUCGAGCGUGGCCUUAAGGUCAAGGAAUACGAGCUCCGCAAGAAAAACUUCAGCGAAACCGGCAACUUUGGUUUCGGUAUUUCCGAACACAUUGAUCUGGGUAUCAAGUACGAUCCUGCGAUCGGUAUCUACGGCAUGGACUUCUACUGUUGCUUGUCGCGACCGGGUGCCAGAAUUGCAAGACGGAGACGAGCCAAGGGCAAGAUUGGCCGCAACCACAAGGUCUCCAAGGAUGAUACUGUCAAAUGGUUCAAGACUCGAUUUGAGGGUAUUGUGCGAUAA